AUACAUAACUGCGCAUGCGUUGUGCUGCGUUGCUACUCGGUUGUUGUAGUAACCAGGAAGAUUAGCUGCGAUCUUUUAGCAGGCUCACUGAAAGGAGGGAGCAAUGGUAGACACUUGAUCCCAGGAGGGUUUUAGCUGUGUCUGUGGAGAUGCCAGCUGUAGCUCGGGUUGAGGAGGACUCGGAGUCCUCAGCAGAGGACGAGCAAGAAGGCCAUUGUUGCAUUGCCUGGAGUGGCUUCAGCAGGACAAUCCCAAUCUUCUUGUUUUCCCCUGAAGCCAUUGUUUCAAAGAAUGGGACUAUCUGCGUUGAUGGAGAGCGAUACAACAUGGCCUUCAAGAUCGUGCGCACAGAGAGUCGUCUGGUGCGAGGGAUACUGACCAAUCAUGGUUUCCAUGAGGUUCACCCAAAUAGCAACGACUUUAACCUAAUGUGGACAGGAUCCCACCUCAAACCUUGCCUACUCCGAAGCCUUCAGGAUUUCCAGAAGGUUAACCACUUUCCCAGAUCUUACGAGUUGACCCGCAAAGAUCGCCUUUAUAAGAACAUUCAGCGAAUGCAGGAAGUUCAUGGCUUCAAAAACUUCCAUAUUGUUCCACAGACCUUUGUGCUUCCUUCGGAAUACCAAGAUUUCUGCUGUUCUUACACUAAGGACAAGGGCCCAUGGAUUAUUAAACCAGUAGCAUCGUCAAGAGGACGAGGCAUCUACUUAGUCAGCAGUCCAAGUCAGAUUUCACUGGAUGAGAACAUCUUGGUGUCCCGCUAUAUUAAUAACCCUCUACUGAUAGAUGAGUUCAAGUUUGACAUGCGUUUAUACGUGUUGGUCACAUCAUACGAUCCACUCCUUGUCUAUGUGUAUGAGGAGGGUCUCGCUAGGUUUGCCACCGUCAGGUAUGACAAAACCACAAAGAAUAUUAAGAACAUCUUCAUGCAUCUCACCAACUACAGCGUGAACAAGAAGAACAGCGAUUAUGUCAGUUGUGAUGACCCUGAGGUUGAAGACUAUGGGAACAAGUGGAGUAUGAGCGCAGUGUUGCGCUAUUUGAGGCAGGAAGGGAAGGACACCACAUUGUUAAUGAGGCAGGUAGAGGACCUCAUCAUCAAAGCUGUGCUGAGUGCCGAGAUGCACAUCGCACAUGCCUGCAAGACAUUUGUCCCUCACCUGACCAACUGCUUUGAACUUUAUGGAUUUGAUGUGCUCAUUGACUCCAACCUCAAACCCUGGUUGCUGGAGGUGAACCUUUCGCCGUCCUUGGCCUGUGAUGCCCCUUUGGAUUUGAAGAUAAAGGCCAGCAUGAUAGCGGACAUGCUCUCACUUGUGGGCUUAGUGUGUCAGGACCCCGUGUUAAGGAAGCCACGAUUUGAGCGACUCACCCUGGAGCCCAACCUCAAACAGGCAGCUCAUAGAACACAGUGGCAGAGGCCCUUAUCAGCUACUCACUGUGAGACAGUGCCGUUUAAAGACAAGCCAGGAGUAGACAGCACUCUGGGCUUGACUGCAGAGCAGAUCAAAGUCUUGAGGAGGACAAAUGAAGAGUAUGAGAGAAGAGGAGGCUUCAUCAGAAUAUUCCCUACUGAAGACACAUGGGAUCUCUAUGGUGGCUAUCUGGAAUCCAAGACAUCAAUGAACUUCAUGUUGGCAAACAGACUUUUCCAUGGAAGGAAUGCGGGCAGGAAUGCGCAGCUGCAAAUGGACACAGUCGAUGGCCACCACGCCGUCCAGUACGAGAGGAAGCUGCCGUCUCUGGGGGCCCGUAAGAAGAGACGGCACCACCUGAGUCAUCGCUCUGCUGCUGGAAAGAUGAAAUCGGGGAUGCAAUCCAAGGCCUCCCUGACGGAGAGCAGUGGCCUGGAGGGAGACGAUUGCAUACGGGAGGAAAGAGAGGAGAUGAAACGUGUUCUCAAGCCAAUCUCACACAAGGUUUUGUUAGAAGAGCAAAGAAAACAAGACUCUUCACUAGCGCAGCGCUUUCACAGCAAGGCUGCAUCCAGCUCAGAGGCAACAACACAUGACAGCAGUCCUCAUGUCAACCUACUACACAUUCUCCAGCAGGGGUGGGACAUCAGUAAAGUGCAGGCACGGAUGACCUUUUCUUCAUACCUUCAGCGAGUUCAACAAAGACUGUUGGCAGAGAGCAGAGUCAAUGGCAUUUCCGCUUGGCCAGAUAAGGACAAUUACCAAAUGGAGCUGAUUAUACGCUUCUUAAAAAGAGCUGCCAGUAACCUCGACCAAGACAUCAAGGUGGUUCUGCCUUGUCAACAGCUACCAGUCCAAGACCGCAGACGUAUCCUGUCCCACCAACUAGGGGAGUUUAUCCAGUGUUACGACAAGGAAACUGAGCAUAUAGUGAGAAAACAGCAGAAUAGUGCAGAGGAGACGUGUGUUGACGCCAGUGUUUUUCAUGAGUACAUCACGGCUGCGAGUGAAAGUGAUCUGGAGAAAGUACUGACGUUCUACACACAGAAAAAUAAAUCAGCCACUGUCUUCCUCGGAACAAAAGUCAGGCGUGUUAAAAAAGACUUUCAUGAAACAGAAGAGCCAAGAGACUGUGAGACUUCCAAAUCUCUGCCUGUGGCCAAAGACGAUUCCAGAUUUUUUGAAUCAACGCCCUGCACAGGAAAAGUCAGCAGUGACACAGACAACAAAGCCACCGAAGAUCAACAAUCUGCUUGUUUGCCUGGGGGCCAACUGACCGGAUUUGGACAUGCAAAAAUUGAUCCCCAACUCCGGACUUCCCAACACUGUUUGAGUUUUCCCAUGGCACAUAAAACCUCUUCAUCACGGUCUCUUCAUCGCCCUCCACCUUUGCCACCUCAGCCUCCAUCCUAUGCUCAGUCCUUGGCAAAGUCUCAACUCUUCCAUGGUGAGAUGCUUGCUGAGUCCCCUGUUUACACAUCUCUUCCUGGGUCUACGGGGCAACCAAACCAGGUUCUCUGGAGGAUCCCUUCUUCCAGCGCGUCCACUUUAAGCUCGAAAGGCGCGUCUUCCCUCACCAGUGCCAUGCACAUUUAUAGCCAGAAGCUUGCUCGACCAACAUCUGCAGGCCAUGCAUCCAGGAUUUACAGUUCCAGUAAGCUGAAGUCCAAAUCUAACGGGGCCUUCAGGGAAUUCAACUCUCUUACAGUCCAAGCCCAGUCUAACCAGCAGGCCUUUAUCUCGGCUCUGCAGAAGCUGGUCGACAAGCAGGUUGCCCGCAACAGUGCUGGAUCGAGUCACAUCAACCUGCUCACGCAACAUUUGACAAGGUUAAACCUGGCGAGCAGGAUCUUGAGUGGAGAAAGCCCACGGAUGUCUCACCAGGCCGCCGUUACCCAAGGACCCUCAAAGGUGGAACCCUCUGGCAAUGGUCCUCUUAGAAACAACACCUUUCAUAGGAAAAUGAAGGAUGGAGAGGCUUCCUGUGACAAGCAGAGUGGCAGUGACUUUCCUUACAUGAGGUCGGCGAAUCCAGAGCAGCGGUGGCAGGCCCCUGGAGGGAGCUACCAGCUUCAGUUUGCUGUCCAUCAACUGCAAAAACAGAGACUUCAGCAGCAAAAAAUAUUGAACCAGAACCACAGCAGGCAUCAGGAUCAACAGUCAAACGAAAAAAGCGAUCCCCACGCAACGGUUCCCACAAAGUCAUCCAGCUUUCCUGGACCACCCCAUCACAGUCACAUUCAGGCCUGUGAUAGUUGCGUUCUCGCCCCUAAGCCACCCAGCGAGGCCCGAGAUGGCCCGCUCAGGAAACCAGCAACAAAGCGAUUUGUCAAGCAGACUUCCACUCAGAGGUCGACUCAGGGAAGUGUGACCAGCGCGCAGCAGUCGCCCUACCAGGUCAUCCGCGCAAAAACAGGACUUUCUGUGUACCGCAAGUUGCUUAAGGGCCAGGAGCAGAGUCCCAGAUGACAGCAAGGUGACCAGAGGCGCGUCCUGUCACUCUGCUGGCCUGACAGGUGUCUCUGCAUGUAACUGGCACAGAGGUGCAUUCUGGGUAAGAACAACAGCAGAAAAAAUACAUGCCUAUUAAAUUGUCUGUCAUACCGCCGCGGCCAUGGCAGGAGAUGAUGGCGUGCCAGCCACGGAAUUCCCGUCUUUGACGCAGGCUGGGAUUUUGUUGUGCAGCCCAAGAGCACGUGGCCUUUUCCAGCCUGCACUGCGGUCUGCGCUCCAACUGUUGCCCUCCUUCAUUCUCUCCAUGCCACGGAAAGAUUUCACAGGCGGAUAUCUUUCAGCAGAUGCCCGGUUGGCAUUUAGUAUGCUAGCAAUUCCGAUGAAGCCAACCUCCAGUGAGAGACAUGCCAUGAAUGGUGAGCAUGCAGAGAAGUUCCUGGCAUUAGACACGGACUUCCAGUCCAGCACGGAAACAAACCGUUACCAAAUCGCACUCUGCGCUCCUCUCUGACCAAAGGAUGCAUUUAAUUAUAGCAACCUUUCUUUAAAUUGUUGAUUUUUUUAUGGAUGGACCCGAUUUAAUAAUUGUGUUAUUCUACAUUUGCAUUGUAAGUCGGCCGUGUUGGGCCCCUGGUGCAGCUCAGAACACAGCAAAAGAAGAACCUCAAGUUGGUGUACAAAGAAGAUAAUGGCACACAAGUGGACCGGCAUUCUAAUGGAUAUCUCACAAAACGAGUACAACCCUCUUAUUUCAGCCACCAUAUUGUUACAUUGUCUUAAGGGACAAUACUGUAGAAGGGAAAUAACUUAGAGUAGUCCAUGUACAGCUUGUAUAGCAGUACAGUGGUACCUCAAUUUAAGAGUGUCUGAUCUCUAUCGGCUAAUUAUUAUGCUUUAAAUUACAAGCUUAAAUUUGAGUUUAAAGCAUCCCCGCCAUUAGUUGUGAAUUAUAUUUUUAGUUUGCAUAGCAAACGCCACAGUGAGUGAACCCCGUAAGAUCUGCUCCAAACAUCAGGUGUUACUCGCGCACCUUAGUUUGUAGCUACUGCAAGUCUUUGUUUUUCCAAGCAUGGCAAUGAAGUGAGAGUGAAGGACAGUGCUGAGAGGAAGAAUUGGAUUAUAAUCAAUGAAUCAAAGAAUUAAAUCAUCAAAAACAUGGCGAAGCAGUAUGAGCGCAUCACUGCUCCUCUGCACCAUACUGAAUAAAUAAUGUUAAAAUAAUAUCUAAAUAGCGGACAUUUAUCCAUGAAAAUAUGGAAAAGCUGCUGAUGGUGGGUUUGACUGAGAAGAUACCGUAGAAGUCUGCUCUCCAAGGUAAAUACUGUACAUACGUAAAUUACACUACUUCAUAAAACUACUGUAGUUGUUUGUACUACGUUGUAUUGUAUUGUUUUUAUACAUUUGUUUUGUAAAAUGUAUUUUUGUUUUUAAAAGGCAUGUUACAUGUUAAAAUAGCGCUUUUUGGGGGGGGGGGGGGGGGUGUACCAAUAUAAUUAAUUUAAAUUAAUUUCAAUAUGGGAUGGUAAUUUGAAAUACAAGCGUUUUAACAGUGUCAUCACGGAACCAAUAAAGCUUAAAAAUUGAGGUACUUCUGUAUUAAAUUUACUGUCCUCUGAAAAUUAACUCACAGCCAUAAAUGUCUAAAAAGCUGGCGAGACGAGUGAGUACACAUCACAAACAUUUAGGUGAGAACAUAUUGUGACUGCCUUAAUCCUCUUAGCCAUGUAAUUCACCAGCGCCUCACAAAUUGUCACUAGAACUGUCUUCCAUGAUGAAGUGAUGAAGCUGGUGGAUGUCAGACACUUUAUACUCCUCUGCCUUCUAUUUGAAAAGGGGACACUGGGUUUGGUUCAGGUGUGGACCAGCUUCACCUCCCUCAGCAAGGUUUCCCAAAGGCAUGGAACUAUGCUCUGUUUCAGAAUGUCAGAGUACAUGUGGUUCCCCAUGGAACCACAGCUCCCCAGUGCUGGGCACCACUCAUGUAGCCCUGCCUUUCUCUAUACUGCUAUACAAGGUGUACACUGACUACUUUUAAGUAUAUCCAUGUUUCGAUUCUAUAAUGCCUUAUGAGAAGAAUGCUGAUAUGUGAGGGCUGUACUUCAUUUUGUAGGUGCCUAAAGAGUAAACUCAGGGUGUGUUGUUAUUAAAACGUGUUUUGUUGUGCAGUUAUAAAUUAAGUAUGUUUGUGAUUCCUUUGAAAGAAAUACUUGAAUUUUGCGCAUGUCAGUUUUAAACCUGCCGGUGAUUAUUUUUGCACAAAUUUUUGGAUUGUCUUCUAACAUUCACGGUGCACGGCUGUCCCGUCCAACGUCAGGCCGUGUGUUUAUGCCAGCGCAUGCUUUAUUACAAUAAUCCAAAUCAGUGUUCUACUGCGCGAAUGCAGUUUAGUUGACCGACAAUCCUUGACUGUUUACAAUAUGGAAAUGAUCACUCCUUUUUUGGAUUAAUUGAGGCUGCAGUAAACUGAGACAUGGCAAUCAUAUCCAAAUGUACUCUAUAGUUCUGGUUGUAUGGAUUGACUCCAUCGUAACCUUUAAUUUGGGGCUGUCAAAGCGAUUAAUCACACAAAUAAUAUUGCAUUUAUCAUGUUUUAACGCAGAUUAAUCAAGCAAUUUGUUUUUCUUACAAAUCCACGGAUAGUUACCUGAAAGUUGUUAUACAUGUCAUGUGAUCAGGUGAAUGCAUUAGUCCGAGCAAAGAUGAGGGAGGAGACUCCGACUGGGGUGCUUGCUGGAUCAUUUUGUUUCAAAAUACACUCCGACAGGACUUUGAAUACAACUGUUUGAUUAAAUAAAUGUAGUGCAUUCAUGUAAAACAUUUUUAAAAUGUUACUGUAUGACAUUCUGACAAUAAAAUUGCAUUCGUGUCAAAAUAUUGGGGUCUUUUCAAGUAAUUUACUGUUAUUAACCAGGAUUACCGGUAAUCGAAAUUCAAAAGUGUUAUUAAUCUGUUUGUUUUUCAAUAAUUGUCAAAGUGCUCAAUAAUGUGUCAUAGAUAAAAACAUUCCCAACACUACUAAACAAGUCUACCCAACUGUCAUUUUAAUAAAAAAAGGUGUGUUUCCAGGCAUAAUAAGAACAUAAUUUACAGUUUGUCAUCUAAGUUAGUGUUCAUGUGGUGACAUCCAGACUCUCAUUCAAGAUGGCCAUACAUAAGUCAUUGUGUAAAUUGGAUUGGAUUGUCUUGAAAUAUUGUGGUGUUUACUACUUGUUGACUUGAGGUUAAGCUACAUUCACUCUGUGCCACAACAUUAUUCUGCUGUUCGUGACACCAGCAUGGAAACAGGAGUUUGGAACAUUCAGAGGCAGAAUCUU